UAAAAGAGUACCUCACAGUGGCGGAUUUUUGUCAGUUGAUUUUCGUGUAAGUCGACAUCAGCUGAAGUCACUCACGCUGCUGCUUAUUUGGAGGGAAAAGUCAGUGGAUUAACCGCAGUUCUCGGGGAUUCCUUACACGGGGGUAUGACUUGCCAUAAGAAAGCCAACAUGAAGGUUCCCAGCUACGAGCCUUCAUGGCCCAACACUGUAGAGAAAAGCUCUGCUGUAGACCGCAAAGACGUGCAGCUCCAUGGCUCCCCAGUGAAGGAGCCUGUUGUUUUCAAAGCCCCUUUACCCACUGUGGAUGUGGCCGCAGUGCACCCCCAGAAUAACUACACCCGAGCUGUUCAUAACAAGGAAAACGCAGCCAGCAGGGACCAUGACAGGACUAUGGACCAAGGGCUCGAGGACAGUGGUUAUCUCUCUCUGCACAACAGCCACAUUGAAGAAGAGGAUGAGAAUAUUCAUGGAACAGUUUUGUCUGCUGCUGGUGCAGUCUACCAAGAUGUUAAACACGUUACACCCAAACCAUCUCCAACCAAAUGUCAAGAGAGGAGCUCAUCUCGGGCUCUCUUCACUCCCAUAGACUUUCACAAGAAACGAAAUGACACCUGCUCCAUGUCGUCCACACCUGCUGACCACCACAACAACAACCCUAACCUGCCCGUACUGAGGUUUAAACAGGCCGUGUGUGCAGAACUCUCAAAAAGCUUUCAAAAGAAUAAAAGAUAUGACUGGACCAUCAUCCCCAAGCUAGCGGAGGAUUACAAUUUAGACCGGGUGAUUGGAGGCCACAUGGGGGUGGACCAUAUCGACAUGUUUUCAGGUCUGCUGUCCAGAAACAUGAGGUGCAUCCUGGUUCAAAUUCUGGCCUUACUCGGAGACAUGGAUCUUAUCAGUUGCAGGAAAGUGAGCAGGACAUGGAGAAAAAUCAUCAACGAAGACUCAAAAGCUCUGAAGCGAUGUCAGAAAGCGGAGAAGGCAAUGAAAGAGUCUGAAUUUUCUCGGAGACUGGCCUCUGGUUUGACCCGAGAUGUGGGCGUGUCCAGGGUGGUCCUGUCCAGUAUGCAGCGUGUGGCCACCUCCAGCUCGUCCCCUGCUCCGCUCCAAAACAGAAAUAAGGAAAACGCAUCUUCUCUAAAAACCUGCACACCGAACUACACACGCUUCAAUCAAUAUGUAGAGGCUGCCAGCACUCUGAAGCAGCACGAGUCCCUGCGCCCCUGUAAACGCUGCGGCUCCCCGGCGACGCACUCACACGAGGCACAAAGGGCGACCUGCAUCAGACCCAACUGUCAGUUUGACUUCUGCACGUGCUGCCGCGAGGCCUUCCACGGCUCCACGCCCUGCAGGGUCAUCCAGCCCCGACUACACGUGUCCAAAUCCUCCACCCUCCUCCCAGGAAGCGCCCGAAGCAAGAGAAACGUGCGGCGCCUAUGAGAACUGAUGGAGCUGAAGUGCGCCGUUACAGAUUUCACUUGGAACUCCUGGAUAGUUUUUUUUUAAAUACUGAAGUUUGUUACCAAAGUGCAGCGUUAUUGAGUCCAAAAAUCACCGGCAAAAUUUUCCAAACAAAGACUGAAGAAGCACUUUCUUAAGACAAUCAAAUUAAUGUGAAUGCUCCCAGUGAGUAAUGGACUUAAAAAGAUUUACCUGAAAAAAGAAAAUGCAGACCGAUAGAGGUUGUAUAUAUUUUAUUACUAAAUGUAAUUACAAGUUUUAUAUUGGUUUUAUACAUUUUAAAUAAAUCUUGACGUCUGUCUGUACUAU